AUUUGUCCUCCAUUAUCUCCCUGUUGAUUACAUGUUAUGCUCAAUCGUUCAUUCAAAAUCCUCAAAUUCGACAAGUCUAUGAACUCAUUUUACACUUUUUCUUCUUCUUCUUUUUCAUCCUUGACAAUUCCACAUGCUUCUGUAGUUGAUCCCCGAGACUCCACAGUCCUCCGCAGACUAGAAUCCUGCAAAUCCACACAAGAGCUCAAGCAACUCCACUCCUACAUCAUCAGAACUGCCCCAACUCUCCAAACCCAAGUCGUAUAUGCAAAAAUCGUCUCUAUAUGCUCCACGUCUCCUGAUUCAGAUCCCAGCUAUGUCAAUGCCCUUUUCACCCAAAUUUCCAGCCCAAGUGUUAGUAUGUACAAUGCCGUCAUACGGUGCUUUUCGGGAUGCAAGAAAAACAAGGAUUCUUUAGCUGCGUUCUUGUUUUAUGGCGAAUUACUUGCCAAAGGCUUAGUUCCCAAUAACUACACAUACCCUUUUGUUCUCAGGGCAUGUGCGCAAUCUGGUGCGUUGAGGGAAGGGGAGGAGAUUCAUGCGCAAGUAGUUAAGAACGGGCUGGUGUCGGAUUUAUAUGUCAUCAACACGUUGAUGAGGAUGUAUGCAGUUUGUGGGGUUAUUGGAGCAGUUCAAAAGGUGUUCGAUGGAAGUCCUCACAGAGAUUUGGUUUCAUGGACGGUGUUGAUUCAGGGGUAUGUUAAGAUGGGUUUUUGGAAGGAAGGUCUAUGGAUGUUUUUUGAGAUGUGCAAUGCUAAAUUUGAAGCUGAUGAAAUGACAAUGGUAAUUGUCCUUUCUGCAUGUGCGAACCUAGGAGAUUUAAGUUUAGGUAGGAGGAUACAUCGGUACAUGUGUGAUCACAAGGUGAAUUUUGAUGUCUUUGUUGGGAAUGCAUUGGUUGAUAUGUACUUGAAAUGUGGUGAUGCCAAUUUGGCUUGUAAGGUUUUCAAUGGGAUGCCAGUGAAAAAUGUGGUUUCUUGGAAUUCAAUGAUUUCAGGAUUGGUGCAGCAAGGGGAAUUCAAAGAGUCUUUGAAUGUUUUCAGGAAGAUGCAAAGUAUAGGUGUCAAGCCAGAUGAUGUUACUCUGGUUGCUGUGCUCAAUUCAUGUGCUAAUCUAGGAAUUCUUGAGCUAGGGAAGUGGGUUCAUGCAUAUGUGGAUAAAAAUCAUAUCAAGGCAGAUGGAUUUAUUGGGAAUGCACUGGUUGAUAUGUAUUCCAAGUGUGGAACAAUACGUGAAGCCUUAAGAGUCUUCAGUGGCAUGAAAUGCAAAGAUGUCUAUACAUACACAGCUGUAAUUGUUGGGUUAGCCAUGCAUGGACAAGGAGAGAGGGCAUUAGGUAUCUUCUCUGAGAUGUCUAGAAUGGGCAUACAUCCAGAUGCUGUGACAUAUAUUGGAGCUCUGAUGGCAUGUAGUCAUGCAGGACUUGUGGAAGAAGGUUGGAAUCAUUUUCUGGAGAUGUCAAGAGCAUACAACCUUGAACCUCAAACAGAGCACUAUGGCUGCAUGGUUGACCUUUUGGGUCGUGCAGGGUUGAUAAAGGAGGCAGAGGAAUUUAUUGAAAGCAUGCCUAUCGAACCAGAUGCCUUUGUUUGGGGAGCAUUACUAGGAGCUUGCAGGAUCCAUGGAAAACUUGAACUUGCAAAAAGUGUUAUGAAAAAGCUGGUAAAGAUAGAGCCUGAAAGUGAUGGUGCUUACAUACUUAUGUCUAACAUAUAUUCCUCUGAAAAUAAAUGGAAGGAUGCACUGAAGUUGAGAAAAGAGAUGAAAGAUAGAAAAGUGAAAAGGACUCCUGGAUGUAGUUCUAUUGAACUGGAUGGUGUGGUUCAUGAGUUCCGAAAGGGGGACAAAUCACACCCCAAAACUAAAGAAAUAUACAUUCUGCUGGAUGAACUGACAAGUCAUUUGAAGAACAGUGGACCAUGGCACUCACUAUUGCAUUUCCAUCAUGGAACUGUCUAGAGGCAGAAAAACCAUUCAUUAGUAAAAAUAGAGUAAGAUUGACUGUUGCUCUCAGCAUGUGAUCCAUACAAUUUUCUGGUGAUUGUACAUUGCAUCAGCUGUAUGAAGAGCCAUGAUUCUCUAGGGUAACUGAUGAAGUUCUGCACCGUCUUCAAAAACAAGACAGAGCUCAUGAGUCUCUUCUUUCUUCUGCGGGUGGAAGAGUCAUCAUGAAGGGUUUUGUAGAUUUUUGGUGCAUACAUAAUAACCUGUCUUCUAAUUUAUUAGCAUCACUGCCUGUUGUUACAAUCAAGUAUAGCCAUAUGGAAACUUCUAAUUGAACAAAUCCCACCAAGAAGCUGCUUUAUUUUCAACUUUGUAACUUCAAUUUCACAAACUUUAUUAAUUCAGGUUGGAGGUUUCAUAACACCCUAUUACAUGGACACCUUUAUGGUAUAGGGUGCAGACAUGUGUCCAAAUGUUGGCUCACCUCAUUUUCAUGUCCUAGGGCAUGAGGAUACAGUACAGAUAAAUUUCAAACUUUAUUUUUGUAAAGUUCUAUUCAUAUACUAGCAUGGAAAUUUUUAACGUGUACUUUAUCCAUAAUUUGUUAGGACACUUUUUAUGGGAAUUUGUUAUGU